AUGAAUACCACCUCAUACACGGAUACGCCUCAUUACCGGCACUCAUCUGGAGGAACUUUAACCUCAAUCGACUGCGAAGUGGACGAAGAGAGCCCUACCUCUUUCAUGGAUAACCAGGACGUUGCAGGCUAUAAGAACGACUCUUCCUCAUCUCUUGGAUACCCACAUGACGCUGCCGUACAUCAGCUUCAAACAUCACCAUCACACAUGCAUCAGCCACAUCAUCUACAACAACAGCAACACUCUUUUUCCAACUCAAGCCAACCCCUGUCCGGCUUCGCCACGCCACAAAGUUCACCUUUGUCCCUGGGUAGCAACCACCGGCGCAAUGACAAUGAUUCUAAUUCAUAUCAGUAUAGUAGUGGAAGCGAGGAGGGUCAUGAACCAUAUAUGUCAUACGAGUCUACAUCGCUAGAUGAUCUACCACAUUCAAGCGCGUAUCGUGUUCGACGGGAUUCUGGAUUGCCGCCCAUCAAAAUGACAGCUGCCAAGAGGCUUCCUCCAUUCAAUGCGAAUUUGUCAUCCAUUCCAGCAGAGUCCCAGAUCGUAGAAGAGGAGGAAGAGGGAGAUGAAGAUAGCCAGGGCGAGCAUGGGAGAGAGUUUAGUAGCCUCAAUCACGAGGGCGGGGGCGAGAGCAUACCGCUCCAUGACGACAGGCAACAGUCCAUGCAGAUGCGAGAUCGGAAUUUGGACACUAGGCACUUGAGCAAUGUGUCGAGGACCAUGUCAAAACAAAGGUGA